AGAACUAUGAGAAUGUGACCUCGCUGGCAUCACCCCAGCAUGCCAGUGACACACACGCUGCCAGAGACCCUCCCCUGCUACAGAACACUUUGGGAACAGAGCACAGGAGCCGUACAACAACCAGACGGUCGUCUAGUUUCCCUGGGCUACUUCCUACCUCCCGCAAGUUGGUACCUCCGUGCUGGUUUCCCGUUUCCAAACCUGACGUGAUCUCCCAGCUGGAACAAGGGGAGGAGCCGUGGGUCCUGGAUCUCCAGGGCUCUGAGGAAGAAGAGAUCCAGAGAGCUGCCUGUGCAGGUGCUGGGAUGGUGAGUGAGAACGAGGAGCAGAAUCCUCAGCAGGAAGAUGCUGAGCAAGUGGAAGCACACGGGGGAUUAUCGCAAGGAUCCCAAGGGAAUGUGUCCAGGCGGCGUGUGCAGGGAAAAGCCUGUGAGAGUCAGCACAGGCCAGAGAGGCAGCAGGGAAACCAGCCCUUGAAGAAAGUGGGCAAAUCCAUUAAUUGUCAGGGGACUCACCAGAACUCCAAGGAAAUCACAGCCCAGCGGAGAAUACCCACAGGAGAGAGAAAAAACACAUGCACUGAGUGUGGGAAACACUUCACUCUGAACUCCACCCUCAUUAGACAUCAGCGGAUCCACACGGGAGAGCGCCCCUACAAAUGCUGUGAGUGCGGGAAACAGUUCAGUGAGAAAUCAAACCUUAUUACGCAUCAGACGAGCCACACAAGAGAAAGACCCUACGAGUGCUGUGAGUGCGGGAAAAGCUUCACUCGGAGCUCUACCCUUAUUAGACAUCAAAGAAUCCAUACAGGAGACAGACCCUAUGAGUGCUUUGAGUGCGGGAAAAGCUUCACGCGGAGCUCUACCCUUACUAGACAUCAGAGGAUCCACACAGGAGAGCGCCCCUAUGAAUGCUGUGAGUGCGGGAAGAAGUUCACUCAGAGCUCAGUCCUUAUCAUUCAUCAGAGAAUGCACACAGGAGAGCGACCCUACACAUGUGGUGAGUGUGGGCAAACGUUCGCUCAGAGCUCAGCCCUAUUUAAACAUGAGAAGAUCCACACGGGAGAGCGCCCCUAUGAAUGCUCUGAGUGCGGGAAACAAUUCAUUGAGAAAUCAAAAUUUAUCAGACAUCAGACAAGCCACACGGGAGAGAGACCCUAUGAAUGUUGUGAGUGCGGGAAACAGUUCAGUGAGAAAUCAAACCUCACUAAACAUCAGACAAGUCACACAGACGAGAGACCCUACGAGUGCUGCGAGUGCGGGAAAAGCUUCACGCGGAGCUCAUCCCUUAUUAGACAUCAGAGGAUCCACACAGGAGAGAGACCGUAUAAAUGCUGUGAGUGCGGGAAAAGCUUUGCUUUCAAAUCAGAUGUUAAUAAACAUCAGAGGGUCCACACGGGAGAGCGCCCCUAUGAGUGCUGUGAGUGCGGGAGACAGUUCAGUCAGAAAUCAAACCUUAGUGCACAUCAGAGAGGCCACACGCAGCAGAGUCCCUUUGAGUGCUGUGAGUGUGGGAAAAAGUUCACUCAGCGCUCAGGCCUUAUUAAUCACCAGAGAAUCCACAGAGGAGAGCGCCCCUAUACGUGCUCUGAGUGGGGGAAACAGUUCAGUGAGAAAUCAAACGUUAUUAAACAUCAGACAGGCCACACAGAAGAGAGACCCUAUGGGUGCUGCGAGUGCGGGAAAAGGUUCACUCAGCGCUCAGGUCUUAUUAAUCACAAGAGAAUCCACACAGGAGAGCGCCCCUACACAUGCUGUGAGUGUGGGAAAAAGUUCACUCAGAGCUCAGGCCUUAUUAAACAUCGGAGGAUCCACACAGGAGAGAAACCCUAUGAGUGCUGUGAGUGCGGGAAACACUUCACUGAGAGCUCAUCUCUUAUUAGACAUCAGGGGAUCCACACGGGAGAGAGACCAUAUGAAUGCUGUGAGUGUGGGAAAAGCUUCACUUUUAAAUCGGACCUUAUUAAUCAUCAGAGAAUGCACACGGGAGAGAGACCCUAUGAGUGCUGUGAGUGUGGGAAAAAGUUCACUCAGAGCUCAAGUCUUAUUACUCAUCAGAGGAUCCACACAUGAGAGCAGCCUGUGAAUGCAGGAAAAGUUUCAUCCGGAGCUCACACCUUAAUAGACAUCAGCGAUUUCACAGGAUAGAGACAUGCCACAAACACUUUGUGCAGGGCAGAGAGAAGAUUGUUUUAAAGGCUUUUGCUAAUUCCCAUAUAGUGACUAUGUAGGGCUGUUUGCACCAUUUGCAUCACCCUGUUCUCUCAGCUCCCCCAGGUGAGUUGCCCUCUUUUCCUUUGGAGGUCGCCCUUCUCUGGGGUGAAUCUCGUGGUCCUUUCUACCAACUCCCUUCUCCUGCGAGUCAUGAUGGGAGUGUCUCUCUCCUGCCAGGAGUGUCCAUCAGCCCCAGGGGUGGGAAAUAGGGGUGACCUCAAGUAGCUAAACUGAGCGAAAAUCGACCUGGGCUUUGUCUCCUCUAGGAUUUUCCAUGGAGUUGGCCUGCUGGAGGUAGCUAUCCUAAUGUAAACACCCCGCUAGAUGUGCCGUGCUGACAGAGCCCAGGCACAGGGGUGGGGUUACCUAGCACCUUCCCCUUUGACCUGUCCUAAUCAACACCAAUUUUCAUACUCGAGACAAGCCCUGAGCGGCACAUUUAGACUGUCACUGCACUAGCAGAGCGAUUGUUAGAGUCACCUCAUUCCCCCUUUGGCGACAGAUUGUCUCAUUCCCAGUUGCUCUCACACUGGUCCAGGUUGUGCUGGGCAGUGUUGUUUUUUUUCCCAUUUUCGUCAUUUAAAAUCUAUUUCAAUAUAACAAAGAGGAGGAGCAGGACUGGGACAAAUGAAUCAUUUCAGCCUCUGCAACGCUGGAAGGAAAUGGGGUGAGUCGGUGGGAUUACCUCCUUCCCCAUCGCCGUCACUAGGCCCGCUCCCUCCAGCACAGGAGGCUGGUGUGUCUGUCCCCAGUCCCUCCGUUCCCGAGCAGACUGAGACUGCAGGGGAGUCUUUGAGCCAAGCAGAACCUAGUGGAAAAGACUGUGUUGCAAACAGUAACCUGGUACAGACCCCUCAGUCCCUCACGCAAGAUACUGAGCCACAAUGGAGUUUAUCCACCUCUGUUCUACCCCUCCACCUCCCACAGAGUCUCUGCACUUUGUAGCAAAUUGAUCCUAAAUCCGACUCGUUAGGGCUGGAGAUGAAGGUGUCCCAGACGUGGAUGGGGAAUUUCCAUGGAUCCCAAACACUGUGUGAUCAUUCCGAGUUUAAAUCCCAGUUUCUGUCUAUUGACAGAGUCGCUGCUGGACAUUUUCCUGCUGAGCUUGGAUCAUUUGCACAUGAGAAACUCGGCAGUUUCCCUCUAUAAUGCUAAUUAUUGUUGUUGUCAAUAACGUGACUCCAUAAUAAUGUGGAGUGAAGCCAGUUUGAAUGAAUCAGAGGAGAAAGUGACGGGGGAAUCUGCUCUCCUGAUGUUUGAUUCAUCCGAUGGAACCUGCUCUGGAAUUUAAUUUUAUAUAAAAUUGAAAGUGACUUAUACAGAGCUAGCUGAGUGAUGUUAAGAAUAGUUUAGGUUUAUUUAUGUUAUUAAUAGUUUAGUGAGCUGUGUUCUUCAUUUUAUUUGUUUUAUACAUUUCAUCAAAAUGAACAAAGAGAUAGUGAGUCAUGUCUUUCAAUAAGCUACAUGGGUCAGAACCGUGGAGCAUCUGGGUGGAGAUCAGCCAGUCCAAGUCAGAGCCUUAUCAGCUCCCUCUGUGUUAACCCUUCGGUUCUCACAUGAGAGCAGCUGAGAACCCAUCUCAGCUCCCACUGCAUCCUAGGGGGCUCAGGGCAUCACAAGGGAAAAUGAGCUCCCCACACAGGCUUUUAAGAGUAGGGAUUUGGGAGGGGAGAGGUGGGCUGGGGCAGUGUCUGCCUCAUGUAGGAUUGGUGGAAUGGGGGUUUAUCUAUAAGUACAGAUGGAUUGGUUGUGGAUUUCUCUGCUUUCAUUUUAAUGGUCAGGGCCAGUCACCACUGCCAUCUGGCUUGCCCUGGCUUGGGGUUGUGUCUGCUCAGGCCUAGCUGAAGUUGAGGGUCUUGUUUGAAGGGUUGUAUAUGGAUGUGAAGAGAUUGUACCUUUCAGCCACUGUGGUGUUGGUAGAGUGAAGAUGUUUGUGUUUUGGGGGAACAUUGGGGAAUGACUGAAAGAGGGCAGAGUUAAGGUUGUGUGGGCAACCUUAACUUUGAAUUUCCUAGUUUUCAGUCAUGUGAGUUUUGUAGAAGCUGAGGUUCUGAAGGCAGACAACAUUCCACUGGGUAACCUUAACUCUGCAUUAAUGAGUUUUUUGCCCUUUAAUUACUCUUAGGGGAAUU